AUGGCAGUGGCCGGGCAGGAGGACUACGCGUACCUCUACGAGGAUUCCUCUCACCCCGCCGAUUUCCUGGAGGCGUUCCGGGCAUUUUACCUGGACGGGCUGUUCACCGACAUCACCCUGCAGUGUGCUUCGGGGGUCAUCUUCCACUGCCACAGAGCCGCUUUAGCGGCUUUCAGCAAUUAUUUUAAAGCCAUGUUUACAGCUGAUAUGAAAGAGAAAUCUAAAAACCAGAUCAGACUUCCUGGGCUCAGCCAUGCCGUACUGGAAGCCCUCGUGAAUUAUGCAUACACAUCACAGAUCCAGAUAACAAAGAGAAAUGUCCAAAGCCUACUCCAGGCUGCAGACCUCCUCCAGUUCAUGUCAGUAAAGAAAGCCUGUGAGCAGUUUCUGGUGAGGCACUUAGAUACUGACAACUGCAUAGGGAUGCACUCCUUUGCCGAAUAUCAUGAUUGCUCGGAGCUAGAAAAAGAGUCCAGGAGGAUAUUGUUAUGGCAGUUUGAAGAAGUGUGCAAACAGGAAGAGUUUCUGGACAUUGGCAAGGAGAAGCUCUCUUACAUUCUCUCCAGAGAGAAUCUCAAUGUUUGGAAAGAAGAGGCAGCUGUUGAAGCUGUCGUUAAGUGGGUUGCACACAACGUGGAAGAAAGAAUUGAAGAUAUCUAUGAACUGCUGAGCGGCAUCAAAGUAGACUUAGAUAACAUGUAUUUGAGGUCAGCUUUAAGCCUACAAAAAAAAUGCCAACUUAAUGACAAUAAGAUAAGGUCACUCAUAUACAAUGCCCUGAACCCCAAUCCCAAAGGUCUUUCCAGAAGACCCACUGCAGCCAUGUAUGUGAUUGGAGGAUAUUAUUGGCAUCCCUUAUCAGAAGUGCAUGUUUGGGAUCCUUUAACUAACACGUGGGUCCAGGGAACAGAGAUGCCAGAUCACACCAGAGAGAGCUAUGGGGUCACUAGCUUGGGACCAGACAUAUAUGUGACAGGAGGUUACAGAACAGAGAGCAUUGAAGCCCUUGACACUGUAUGGAUAUAUAACAGCGAGAGAGAUGAAUGGACAGAAGGCUGCCCCAUGCUUGAUGCAAGGUAUUACCACUGUGCAGUUUCCGUUAGCGGCUGCAUCUACGUGUUGGGUGGUUACCGAAAGGGAGCUCCGGUGCAAGAAGCUGAGUUCUAUGAUCCUUUAAAAAAGAAAUGGUUUCCUAUUGCAAACAUGCUCAAAGGUGUUGGAAAUGCCACCGCCUGUGUCCUGCAUGAAGUCAUCUACGUAACUGGAGGUCACUAUGGGUACAGGGGAAGCUGCACCUAUGAUAAAAUCCAGAGAUACCAUUCAGGUAGCAAUGAGUGGAGUAUAGUCGCCACAAGUCCGCAUCCAGAAUACGGAUUGUGUUCAGUUACAUUACAAAACAAGAUCUAUUUUGUGGGUGGACAGACCACGAUCACGGACUGCUAUGACCCAGAGCAAAAUGAGUGGAAGCAGAUGGCUCACAUGAUGGAGAGAAGGAUGGAGUGCGGUGCGGUGGUUAUGAACGGAUACAUCUACGUGACGGGAGGAUAUUCCUAUUCAAAAGGAACGUAUCUGCAGAGUAUUGAGAAAUACAACCCUGAGCUGAAUAAGUGGGAAGCAGUAGGUAAUCUUCCCAGCGCUAUGCGGUCACAUGGCUGUGUCUGUGUGUAUAACGUGUAA